AUGGCCCUGGCACUGCCGGUGCCCGAGCCGCCGUGGCCGGCGAGCCUGUCGCCGCUGAAGGCAGUGGAUGACUUGUUGCGGUGUGGGAUAUGCUUUGAUUACUUCAGCAUUGCGAUGAUCAUUCCACAGUGUUCGCAUAACUACUGUUCUCUUUGUAUACGCAAGUUUUUGUCCUACAAAACUCAGUGUCCAACAUGCUGUGUGGCAGUCUCGGAAUCUGACCUGAAAAAUAACCGGACAUUAGAUGAACUAGUAAAGAGCUUUAAUUCUGCAAGACAACAGCUGUUCCAGUUGGUCUUGGAUACUCCACUGAUUUCAUCUCCAUUGGCCUGUAGCAGGCGUUCAGCUGGCAAAAGCCAUGUUUGGAGUCCUGUUUCUUGGCCAGUUAUAAAAGAAGAGGUGCCAGUGAUUGACAGUUUCUUGAGAAAGGAAGAAGUUUGCACCUUGACAAAGGCAGAUGACCUGGCAGGAACCGAUCAGAAGAUUUUCAAAACUGAGGAACACCAUAACUUUUACAGCAGUUCUGCAGAGGUUGAUGGUAAAGAUAAUGAAGUGGGAUCACAAGAGAGUCCUGAGUGUACCAAAAGUCAUGAAAGGCCUUCUACAUCUGUGGUAAAAGUAGUCAAGAAAGUGGAUUGUCCUGUUUGUGAGGUUGCUAUUCCAGAGCAAUACAUAAACAAACAUCUGGAUAGCUGUUUGACAAGAGAAGAGAAGAAGGACAGCCUCAGAAGUUCUGCUCACAAAAGGAAGCCUAUGUCUAAAGUUGUUUACAACUUGCUCUCUGAUCGUGAUUUGAAGAAGAAACUAAAGGAACAUGGUCUGUCUACCCACGGGACCCGACAACAGCUCGUUAAAAGACACCAAGAAUUUGUGCACAUGUAUAAUGCUCAAUGUGAUUCUCUAAAUCCCAAAUCAGUUGCAGAGGUUGUUAAAGAGCUGGAAAAGAAUGAGAAGAUUCGGGUUCAGCUUGAAGUUAAUAAAACUGGUGAAAAUAGCUUGACCUUCACAAAGGACCAGACAGAGGAAGAAAUAGAUGAGAUCCACACUGAUUAUCGAAACAAACACAGAAGUGAAUUUCAGUUUUUGGUGGAUCAAGUAAAUAAUCGGUGGAAGAAAACUGGUAAGAGGAAAACAGAAAGUGCUCAAAACAAAGAAGUCGUCACUGUCAAAGAAUUGCCAGCGGCCACAGAACAUAGGGAAGAGCAUCACACAGCUAUUGUCCUUGGAAAAGCCCAGAUACUCAAAACAGAAAUUCCUGAUGGCGAAAGAAGUGAAUCUCAUUCCUUGGAGGAAGGCCAGAGAUCAGUCUCUCCUGCAUUCUCACUGUCAUCUGGAUCAACGAGCAGCUCCAGUUCAGACAUUUUGAGAGAUCUGCAAGGGCCUGAGACAUAUUCACCAUCCUCUGACAACAGCAGUUCUCUGGGUCUGAGAGUUGACAAAAGAAAGUUGCAUCGGCCCCGAGUGCCAGAAAAUGAUCAACUGCUUCCCAAGAGUAAGCGGAAGAAGAGCUAGUGCUGCAGUGAUGUGAAGCCUAAAACCGCACAGAAGGCUUAACGCUGAGAAAUACUUCUUAGUUUUUUCCAGUUUUCAGUGUAUCUGGGUACUUACUAAAAUGCUGAAUUUUCGCGUAACUAUCAUUCGCACUGCCUUAAAAUAACCAGAUUGGUGUGCUGAUGUCUUUUGUUUACAGCACUGUGGGCCAUCCAUCUCUGAGAUGGGCCCUAAAGUGCCGGAGUCCUGCUGGAGCCCCGAGCUGGCGCUCGUGCCGCGCCGCAGCCUCGCCGCUGAAGGACGUGGGUCUGCGCGUCGCCGCUGUUCCUGCUCGCGUCCCGCAGAAGCUUGCUCUGCCCUCUGGAAGCAAUCGCGGGACCGCGUUUUGCUUGGGGCCGGGCAGAUGCUGAUGCUCCAGUUACCUGGCUCGGCUCGGGGGGAGGCGUCGGGGGAGCCGAGGGACCGGGCGGACUUCUGCUCUACAGAAAUACGCUUUUUUUUGAAUAUAUCCAUGUAAACUUACUCAUUAGUAUGUGUCAUUAUUUCAGUUUAAAGUCAUUAAAUUUGAAAGAAAUUGCAAAGUCAUUGGACAUUAAGUAUUCUAGCU